AAGCAGAGGAAGCUCCUUGGAUUCUCCUCUUGGACGCGUCGUACGUUGUGUGGUUUUCGACUUCUGAUCGUAAGCUCUCUUUCUUAAAUUUGAAACCUUUUUGGAACUUAAGUUUAGACUGGAACUCGAUACUUACUGUCAUGUUUAGAAUGAUGAUAGCUGCAUUUUCAUGGAUCCCAAAAGGGGCAUCAAAGGCUAUGCCUGAUGCUGCUGAAUCUCCUUCUAUGGAAGAAGAGAUCAUGGACGAUGAAAUACAGAAUUCUCAAGUAACUCAUGCCAAGUCUGUAGCAAAAUCUUUUGGGAAACAUGCAUGUACCAAAAGCAAGGGUGCUUCUUCUUCUUCAACAGAUGCUGAUGACGUCGUCAAGUUCUUGAAAGAACUCGACAUGGAUAACUAUGACGAAGAGGAUGGUGAGAUUGAACUGUUUAGCUCUGGCCAGGGAGACCUUUAUUAUCCAAGCAAUGAGAUGGAUCCUUACCUAAAGGAUACCGACGGUGACUAUGACUCAGAGGAUCUUGAUGACAUGAUAAUUAGGCCAACCGAUUUACUGAUCCUCUGUGCUACUAUUAAACGUAAAGUCAACUAUCUCGAGGUUUAUGUAUACGAGGAAUCCGGGAACAUGUAUCUUCGUCAUGACAUGAUUAUAUCCAAGGCUCCAUUGUGCACAGCAUGGCUUGAUUGUCCUCUCAAAGGAGGGGAAAAAGGGAACUUUGUAGCUAUCGGGUCAAUGGACUCAUCCAUAGAGAUAUGGGAUCUUGACCUUGUGAAUGAGGUGCUACCUUGUGUACAACUGGGACGAAUAGCCGGACAGACAUCAGAUUACCACACUGAUCCAGUAAUUGAUCUUGCUUGGAACAAGGAGUUUCGGAAUAUAGUUGCUAGUGCCAGUGCCGACAAAAAAGUUAAGGUUUGGGAUGUGGCUACGGGGAAAUGCAAGGUUACUAUGGAGCAUCACGAAGAGAAGGUUAAAGCGGUUGCAUGGAACCAUUAUGCUCCAGAAGUACUCCUCAGUGGGUCUAGUGAUGGCACUGUAAAAGACGGAAGGGAUCCUUCACACUCGGGUUUGAAAUGGUCUACCAAGGCUGGAGUCGAAAGCUUGGCCUGGGAUCCUCACAGCGAACACUCCUUUGUGGCGAGUCUCGGAGAUGGAACUGUGAAGGGCUUUGAUAUACGUGCUUCUGAUUUAUCACCUAGUUUCAUUAUCCAUGCUCAUGAUGGUGAAGUCUCCUCCAUAUCAUACAACAUACAUGCGCCAAAUCUUUUGGCUACGGGAUCUGAGGAUGAAAGUGUGAAACUUUGGGAUCUUUCAAACAAUCAACCAUCAUGGAUUGCGACAAACACGCCAAAUGCUGGAGAAGUUUUCUCGGUCUCAUUCUCUGCGGACUGCUCCUUCUUACUCGCUGCUUGUGGCUCAGAGGGGAUAAAUGUGUGGGAUACCUUAUCAGACACUGGUGUGUCCCGAAGAUAUGGGAGCAGCCGACCAUGAACUAUAUAUAUGCCAUUACCAAGUUGAGGAAGUGUGGAUGAAGGAGUUCGAUGAAGAAGAGUACUGAGAGAAUCAUGAGAAUCAAAAGCUUUAGAAUAAUAAUUAAGUAAAUGUUUC